UUAUUUUUGAACGGGCAGUUUUCCGGACACCUCCCGCUGGGUAAACAUCUGUAAGGACCCCUCCAGGGCAGUCUUGAUACCGCCUGCUCUGAGAUUGAUUGUGGCGGACCAGAAUCACCGACUUAACGGAGCCGCUGCUCGGACACGAGCCACACGACCGGUUCAGAAUGGCGGAGGUGAAGGUGAAGAAGGAGAUGAACCAGACGGAACCCGCGGAGGUGGAGAGCAGGAUCAAAGAUCUGUGUCAGCAGUUUCCUCAAGGUAUCACAGACCAGGUGAUCCAGAACGACAUGCCGCACCUGGAGCCUCAGCAGAGAGCCAUGGCCAUUAACAAGCUGCUGGCCCUGGGUCACCUGGACCUUCUCAGGAACAGUUCAGGUCUCCUGUACAGACUAAAGGACUCUCAGAUGUCCAGUAAGAUGAAAGGCUCAGACAGCCAGGAGAAGCUGGUCUAUCAGGUGAUUGAAGAUGCAGGAAACAAAGGAAUCUGGAGCAGAGACAUCCGCUUUAAGAGCAACCUCCCUCUGACCGAGAUCAACAAGAUCCUGAAGAACCUCGAGAGCAAAAAACUCAUAAAAGCUGUCAAGUCUGUGGCGGCAUCAAAGAAGAAGGUUUACAUGCUGUACAACCUGCAGCCAGACCGCUCAGUGACAGGUGGGGCCUGGUACAGUGACCAGGACUUUGAGUCAGAGUUUGUGGAAGUUCUGAACCAGCAGUGCUUCAAAUUCCUCCAGAGCAAGGCUGACGCAGCGAGGGACAGCAAUCAGAGCCCGAUGGUUCAGCGGAACAGCUCCUUCGCCACCUCUCAUGAAGUGUGGAAGUACAUCUGCGAGCUUGGAAUUAGUAAGGUGGAUCUGUCCAUGGACGACAUCGAGACCAUUCUGAACACGCUCAUCUAUGACGGGAAGGUGGAGAUGACCGUGAUUGCCGCCAAGGAGGGGACGGUGGGCAGCGUGGACGGGCAGAUGAAGCUGUACAGGGGCGUGAACCCCAUCCUGCAGCCCACCGGCCUCGUCAAGACGCCCUGCGGACUCUGCCCGGUGUUUGAUGACUGUCAUGAGGGAGGGGAAAUCUCUCCGUCCAGCUGCAUCUACAUGACCGAGUGGUUGGACUUCUGAUGGCUAUUCGGCCCACUUCUUUUCUCUGUGAGGAAACUUCAUUCAGCCUGCUGUGAUCCACAGUUUUUCUUUUUUUUAUUUAUCAGUCUUAAUAAAGCAGCUCGUGUGAACCGUU